CCAUCACGGUGAUCCAGCAGCACCUCCAGGGCAGAGCUGAGCUGGUGGCGGACAGGGCCAAACAGCUCCGCUUCCUCCAGGCUGUGCCGCGUCUCUGCUUCUCGGCACACAAGCAGGGGCGGGACACCCUGGAGCCCCCGGUCUCCAAAGCGGCCCUCGUGGGGAGCAUUGCGCAAACUGAAGCCACCGCUUGCCCUGGAGCUAGAAUCUCGCCUCCUGCGGGCUCUUCUGAACAGGAUGUGCACCCUGGGCACUGGGCAGGACAUCACACACUUCCGGGCUCUGUACAUCAACUAUUCACAGAGCCUGGACAUCCUGCUCAGGGGCCUGCUGACAGAGACCCCCACCAUGGAGAAGCUGCAGCACCUCCUGGAGCACGUCCAUCCCUCUCUCCUGUCAAACAACACCCAGGAGAGAGCCAGGGCCGUCCAGACCAGCGCGGCCCUGCUCCAGUUUUCCACCUCCCUGCCUGGAUUUGACACCUCCUCCGCCUUCUCCAAGGCAGGUGAAUUUGUGCUGCAGCUGGGUCUCUGUGUAUCUCACCCAGCCAAUAACAUCAGUCGGCAAGCCAGGGGUGGGAUCUACUGGCUGCACAAGCUCCUGCUUCAGAAGAAGGGGCUCAACACCAGAGAGGCCCCAGACCUGUGGUGCCGGGACGGGCUCCAGGACCCCGAGCGCCUGGGGUAUAGAAACCUGGCCAGGGUGGGAGAGGUCUUUGGCGAGCUCUUCACGGAAGAGCAGAAAAGAUCUUUCCUCCAGGUGGGGCUGCUGGCCAUCCACGACCCCCUACUCCGCGUCAGCCAGGCUGGCCUGGUGCUGACCUAUUCCAUCUUGGGGGAAGCUGGCCAGCUGCUAGAGGACGAGCAGGGGGACAUUACAGCCAACAUCAUGGUCCAGCUAUUUAACAUCAGGGCCUUGGGCCAGGUGCCCGAUGCACUGCAGGGGCUGUGCUCUGUGGGGCAGCAUUGAAGACCCCCCCUCUUCGCAUGACCAGCUCCCACCCCCUGCCGCAGCAGCUGCAAGGAGCCGACCCGACUGCCGACUGCCGAGCGCCAGCUGCUACGGAAAGAUCACCCCCCACUGCUGGAGGAACCUACAGCUUCGCGAUCGCUAACACCAGCUGGAGCCCGUUCCCGCCCGCCUCAACUGCCGGAGGAGACGCCCACUGACCAACUGCUACUCCCCAUGGGUAAGUACCCCACUACACCCCAGCCCCGGACCCCCCGGGGGGACCCCCCCUCAGCCCCGCUAUCGGGAGUUACCUGCACUGCGCCGCUGCUGCAGGGGCUACCUGGGGAGCCCCACCGCGUGCUCCGGCCACUGCCUGAGACGCGGAAGAGUCCCUGCCCCAAGCCCCGCCACGUGCCCCAGCUGCUGCUGCCCUGGUGAUCAGGGGAGCCCCCUGGUGUGCCGCUCCUACUCGGGCCGCCGGGGGACCCCUGCCCCACGCACCGGCCGCCUCCACCCGAGCGGCCAGGGAAUCCCAGCCCCGC